UUUUGGUCUUGCGGCGGAUCAGAAGAGGAGUCAGUAUAAAGAGAGAGGAAGAAGUAUGAACUCCACAGGAUCUGGGAAGAGCAGCACUGUGUCCAGUGUUUCAGAGGUGUUGGAGCAGUCAGAGGAGCACCCAGAGGAGAUCCUCCUUACCCUGCGUGUGUCAGAGCUUCUGGACCUGUAUGAGGAGGACCCUGAGGAAAUCCUCUUAAAUCUUGGUUUUGGUCGAGAAGAACCCGACCUAGCCUCGAAGGUUCCUUCCAGGUUCUUCAACAACUCCUCCUCAGCGCGAGGCAUCGACAUCAAGGUCUACCUGGGUGCCCAACUGCAGCGCAUGGAACUGGAGAAUCCCAACUACGCUCUGACUAGUCGUUUCCGUCAGAUCGAGGUCUUGACAUCAGUAGCUAACGAGUUCUUCCAGCUCUACAGUCAGGUCUCUGGUCAACCUGUCCAACGCAUCAGCUCCAGGGACCAAGGAGGAGAAGGAGGUGAAGGAGGAGAAGGAGGAGGCAAUGAGCCGACACCUGCUCUGAAGAGGAGUAGCUCGGCUCUGAAUGUCGCCAAACUCCUCAAGAAAACCAUCAGCAAACACAACCUGCUCGCGGCCGCCCCCGAGUCGCCUGAAGCACACACACCUAACCAGCACACGCAGCUGAACGGACACACCCCCUCUGAUCACACAAAGACCAACGGUCACGUACACGCCAGUUCAGAGCAGGACGGCUGCAGUACUGACACCGACCACCAAGUGGAGACAGUAACCCUGAAACACGUCCGCAAGAAAGACAGCUGUUCGCUGGCGACGGUGACCGAGGAAACCAAUGGGGAAGGAGAGACAGAUCGGCUGACAGACAACAGUUACGAACAAAACAGCACUGGCAUGGCAGGCAAUGGAGAGCAUCAACCAGAGUCAGCUGACCACCAGUCAACCAAUCAGAGAACAGAGGAGGGAGCUCAGGUGGUCAGAGAGGAGAAGAACCUGACCUCAACCCCAGAGAAAGCUCCUCCCACCCUGGCCCCACCUCAGCUGGCCCAGCUUCGCAGUGAAAACGCAGACUCUUUCGACAUGGAGGAGAUCCAGAGUAACGAUGAUGAGGGUCUGCCGUCCAGCACCUCCAGAGCCACCGAUCUGUUGAGGACAGUCAGUCAGCAGUCAGACAGCAGCGGUUUUGCUGAGGAGCCCUCAGCUGACUCCAACAGCUACCUCAAGGUACAGGAAAGUAGCGACAGCUGUGACAGCGAGACCACCGUGACAUCGCACCUGUCGCAAGAUGUGGCCACGCCCCUCACACUGGACCACCCAGCGUUUGAUUUGCCAGACGGAAGAGAGGAAGAACCCGGGCCUGGUGGUGCUGGUGAGGGUGAUAAGAGGAGCAGUGCCAGAGAAGGGCACGAUGGGAGUUCAGAGCAGGUUCCACAGUAUACAGCUCAUCAGAUCCCCAGGAGCAGACCAACGGGAGUGCGGCAGGAUGAGACCUGGGACAAGGAGCCAGCUGAGAGAGGGGACCAGACUGAUCCUGAACCAGAACCAGAAUCAGAACCGGAGAGUCCCCGUAGCAUGACUGCUGCAAAACAAGAACAACAACGCGCUCAAAACCACACUGAGACUGUUGCAGCAGCCACAGAGGGAGUAGAACCAGAACCAUCCCAAGAAGAGCACGCAUCCUUGGAUGGUUCUGGUUCACCUUGUCCUCCUGCUCCAUCUUCUCCAGUCCUAAGUGCUCUGAAACGAGCAAAACAGAACCAGCUGAGCAAGACUGGGCGGGUCAACCCCCAGCCCAGCGAGAUGCUCCAAACCCCAGGGAGAGGACAAGGAAGACGUGGCAUCCCCCUGCAGAGGUCCUCCUCCCUGCCUUCCUCACUCCUCUCGCCCUCCAGAGUCGUGUCCUCUGUCAGGAUACAGUUUGGGCGGGGCCAGGCGUCCUGCACCCAGCCCAGGUACUCAUUCAAAUACACCCAGAAGGAGGAUGACAAGAAAGAGGAGGAAGAAGAGGAGGAAGAACAAACCAACUGUCUGUCUACUCUGAUCAUAAACCCUGCCUCCUCGUCUGGUUCUGGCAGCCAACCACCAAGGCUUCCCACAGAAGCUCCCAUCCCACCUAAACCCAUCCCACGCUACCUGAUGAGGUCAUCUUACUCCUUGCAAAACUCCAGCCCCCCUCCUGAUUGGUCACCAGGAAGCUAUGCCAACGCAUGGAGCACCCAGAGCGUCCCUGAUCUCUUCUCCAAUCAGCAGCUGCCUGGCCACUUCCAACAAAACAUGAGCGCCAACCAAAACCAGCAAAGUUGGAAUCCAGGGCAGAUGAUGUUCUCUCAUCCUAACCCUAACCCUAUUCCUACUCCCACAGAUCAGUAUUUAAACUCCAGCAACAAUCCUAGUCCCAGCCUUAACCCUAGCCCAUACCCCUUCACUCUGAACCAUCCCCCACAGUGCCCCUCCCCUUUUCAUCCGUACGUCAGUCUUCCCAACCUCCAUCACCACAACAACCACUCCUUGAACCACCGUUCCAGCCUGACCAGUCUCCACCAGCCUAUAACUACCACGAUUCCCCAGCAUGGCAGCCUCUCCAACUUGCAUCAGGCCUCAACUUCCACAGCUCCUCACCACGUGAGUCUGGGUAACGUGCAUCCCGGAACUCGUGUAAUGCACCCCCAGGGCUGCAACCAUCCAUACAGUCAUCAGUCACCUUACCAUGCUGCUCCUCACAGCUCACAGUUUGCCUCACCAUACCUUGGUUACCAUGGCUACAACACAAACCCACACUUAGCGUCACCCCACCCCGUCACCCAGUGUCUGCUGUUUGCCCCAGAGCAUGGCCUCCACCCGGGUCUAGCUUCUCCUGCUCCAGGCUUCCUCCCAGGCCUGGCAUCAGCCCUCGGCCAAGGUCACAGCCUCCCCCAGGAGGUUGCUCCUUCUGCUGCUCCAAGUCCAGGUCCGGGGCUCAGCCAGGGCCCGUCCAGCACUGAGAUGCAGUUGAGGAGAGUUCUGCAUGAUAUCAGAGGAACGGUUCAGAGUCUGAGUCAGAACCGAGCCGGCACUCCGGACACAUUCAGUGAGCACAGAGCAGCUCCGCCCAGCCACCAGUCUUUGGCAGACUUUCAGCAGAAGAGGCGGAGUCUAAACUUGUUCCGCAGUCAGAUGAUGGAUCUGGAGCUGUCAAUCAUCCGACAGCAAGCUCUGGUCUACAAACACCUGAGCCCUGCCGACAGGAUGGAGGUGGAGCAGCUUCAGUCUCUGAGAUCAGCAGUCAGAGAGGAACUGCAGGAACUGGAAAAACAGCUGGAAGACAGACUGAUGGAGCUGACACAUCACACGCAACACAGGGGUCUCCAUAGAGACAGCAGUGUUGACAGUCUGUCCACCGCCUCUGCACUGAGAGCCAUGGAACCGGUGUCAGACCUCCUCAGAGAGCAGCUCUUCCUCCAAUCAGAACUCAGCUAUGACGGUCACACUCCCUCCACCAACCCCUCCUCCCGGUCGUCCAGUCCAGUCCGAGGAGGAAGAGGGGGACAGCAGAAGCAAGGCGUGUACCGGGCAUCAAUCAACAUAAACCCUGUCCCACCACCUCGACCCAACACACACACUGAGGUAGAGGAGGAGGAAGAGGAGGGAGAGAGGGACGGAGGAGGGGGAGGUGAAAAAGGACAACAGGAGGAGGGAGCAGCAGGAGGAGUCAGAGUGGAGAACCUGCAGCAGCUCAUCAGAGAGAUUCGAGAGAGCGUGGCGCAGGAGGUCCGACGGGAGAUCUACAGCGAGCUGCUAGCUGCCGUGUCACCACGGCAGUCGCCCCUGCCCGCCAGACAACACCCCCUGUAGUCGUGGCAACAGCAGAGCACCUCCCCUUCGACCUUCAGCCGUAGUAACCACAGCCUGAGCAGCACCACUGUCUGUCUGUAACACUGUAUAGCCAAGUAACACUGUCUGUGUGGAACACUAUGUGUCUGUAACACUGUAUGUCUGUAACACUGAUGAUGAAGUGAACACCUACAUGUGACGAACCCCGCCCACCUCACCUGUGCCCCGCCCUGCUGUUAACAAGCACGCUCGUGAGUGAGAGGUGGAGGCCGGAGCCUCAGGCGGGACGCAGAGAGGACGUUUCCACUGUCUAGGUAGUUUGACUGAGGUAGUGUGUUGAAUGCUGGGAAAGCCAGUCAGAACCAGCCUGUCCAUGCUUCCUCCAGUGUCCUUUUCCCUGUGAGCAAUCAGAAAUGUGUUUUUUUUUUUUUCUCACAUCCUAUUUCCUUUUCCUAACCUGUUGUGAUCAAAAGCCAGGCCCUAAAAAUACUGUUACUGCAAUACUAAAAACAACAACUAGUACUGCCAACAGUACUGCUACCAUUUCAAGCACUACUAAUCCGAGUCCUGAGGCUGUCCUGAUCGAGUUUUCUAGCCCCUGAUCUCAGUCUGAGAUCAGAUCAGGACAACAGCAGAAUUCAUGUUUUACUUUUAUUCUAUUUUUCCACAUAAUACAGCUACAUUGCAAGUCCAUGUAACAACAACAACAAUAACAGCCAUAUUAAUAAUAAUAAUAUUAAUAAUAAUAUUAAUAAUAAUAAUAAUAACAAUAAUAAUAAUAAUAAUAAUCAGCAACAUGUAACUCAAAAAAAUAUUGAUUGCUGUCUUAAACUAUGGCUAAAACGUUUUAGGAAGCUGUCUUCAAUUAUUCACAAACUCUUCAGGGUCAUAGUGGCCGUCCAGAACUAUAACCGUCGAACAACUGGUUCACUCAAAUUACUAACAAAUGUAAAUAUUUCCUCUCGUCCUUUCUUCCAAUUUUCAAUAUCUCUGCCUCUCAGAUUUCUGUCUACACCUCAAUACAGUAAAGGUGAAUUAUAGUUUGUUUAUUUUUUUUCCCACUCACAGCAAUGAAAGAUGGCAUUUAAAAGAUUCAAAAUAGAAACUGAAUUUUAGUUUCUUUAGUUCAGUUUGUGAUUCCUGUGGCUUCUUCACAGUAAAAGCUAUCUUUUCUUUUGCUAGUUGGGUGAUUUUAAUGUGAAUCAGCAGCAGCAGCAGUAGGGGGAUGCAUUAGCAGUAGCUUAAUACAGCUCUGCUGUGGAGAGCUAUUGGAGAAAUGUACGAGAUAUAGGAGAGCGAACAGUAAACAGUGAGGCUGAGAUCAGUGAGAUAAAACUACGAAGAGUAACACUGGAUUAAAUGCUGCAUCGUUCUCUGUGAAUCCCUCGAAUGGCUGAUUCCCCCAUUAACAUUGAAAACUACUAUUACUGGUAAUGAUAGAAUGAAAAUGAGUGAGUGGCUAUCACUUAAAAAGUGCCGAUCACAAAUGAGGGGGUUUGAUUUCGCCAUAAUCUCGAGAUUUAUAACUUUAAAUGUCACUUUUCAAUGCUGUGAACACCACAAAUGAAAUUCCACUGUCUUCCAUUGUAUUGAGGUGGAGGAAGUAAUCUCAGAGACCGGUAACUCAAAACGCGAACAAAUAUCUGAGUUUUGAGUUUAUUUGUUUUUCUUGUUUGUUUGUUUUGAGAGAUUUUUUAGAGAUCGCUUUCCCUUUAAAGAUAAUAUAAACGCCUUAAUCGUCUUUAAAUCUAUGCAUUCUUGCCUUUUAAUAAGGGGUUACAUUCCUUAAACUUUAAUAUAAUUCUGCCGAGGGUCAAACUGAGCUCAGUUAUACCUCAGAGUUACUGCUUCCAUGCACAUUUCAGCUUAACAUUAAAGGUUUUUAGAGGGUUUUAAGGUGUAUCAUGAAAGGAUUAUGAUGCUGCAGCUGUCAACAUUCCUGCUUCUUCAUCAUCAUCACCAUCACCAUCAUCACCAUCAUCAUUAUGAUUCUGUUCCCCUCACGUCCUUCACAGCUGAUUCUGUUAAUUGCCAUGUUUUCUCUGACGAGACAUCGCAGUCCUCUGCUGGUCAGUUCAUAAAACCACUGAGUUCAAACACAUAUAGGUCACGGUAACCCAACUUUUUCAACGUUUUAAAGUCAGGUUAUGUUUUAGAGCGAAAAGUCCUGGUCCACCUGAGGUUCACUCACGCAGGUGAUGCCAGUUAUUUCAGCUGAUGAUCAGAGGUCACCAAAAGUCAUUAUUACCUAUCACUUAUUACUAAGUAUAACGCCAGGUGAACUGUACUGUGAGGAGUUUUGAGAUGCUGUGUAAAGUCACUGCCCUCAGUAGUUGUUAGGUAGCAAAUACCUCCAAUGCUAAUUGCUGCUACAACCACACUGUCACCUUUUUAUAUUUCUAUUUCUAAACCUGUUCAAUAAAGAAGAUACACCAUGUAAAUCAGACAGGAUUGGAGUUGUUUUAGGGUGGAUUGUUUUCUGUUUAGAUGGAGCUAGGCUAGCAAUUCCCCCCCGCUUCCAGUCUUUGUGCUAAGCUAGGCUAAACACUUCCUGAGCACAACGAUUUUGUUUGACUGUUCCUUUAACACUCGUUGUUGUAACGGAGCAGUUGAUGGGGUUAGUGUGUGAUGUCAUGAGGUACUGUGGAGGUCAGGCUUAGAGGUCAAAGGUUACUCAACGGCAGCAGCGGGUUUCGGUAAGUUGUCACGGCGACGACGAUGAUGAUGAUGAUGAUGUUGAUGUUGAUGAUGUAAUGACCGGUCAGAGGGAGGGGCUUAGUGAGUGGGCAGUGUAGCCCAAACCUUAGCUGCUUUAGCAUGUUACAUUCACGCUGUCUGAUGACAAAUCUGUGUGCAAUAAUACGAACAUACAGUAUAUUCUGAUUACAGAGAUUAUUGUCAGUAAAUUAUCAAUAAAUCACUGCUAACAUUUCAGAUAUGGUCAGUCAUCCUGCACCACUUCAGCACAAACGGUCUACCUGCAUGUCUAGUACAAAUUCAUCUGAAGCCUGCUGGUUUUAUUGAGAGAGGCUCAGAUUUUCUUCCUCUUCAGACAGAAUCCACGGAACUGACUGAUCACUGAAUAACUAAUUACCGCUCACUGAACAUCUGUUUUCUCCAACAUUAAAGCCUGUGUGUAUUGUCUGUCUGGUCACAUUCAAAGGUUUCCGGAUAUACCGUCAUUUAUUGAACACAGAAAAUCUUAGGAGCUGAGGUGAAACACGCACUCGGUACAAGGCAGUUACACCCCUAAAUACCUCUCUUUUUAAAUUCUUCUUAAUGGGAGAAUGAUUCUGAAAAUGUCCACACAGGCUCACAUUCGAAUUGAUAUUACCUACUGAAAGCUGAACUUUGUGUACUUUAAUGUACAUUCUUGAUCUUUGGGAGCAAUUUAAAAAAAAAAAAAUCUACACUCAAAGUUCCAUUUACUGAUAAUUUGGAGCUUUUAGACACAUCUGACGGUCUUUAUUCAGCAAGUGGAGCUGGCUCAGGUGUCACCACGUGACCUAAAUGCGAACUUUCAAUCAUGAGAGCGCUCCAACCUUUGACCUUCGACUUGUCUGAUCAAGGAUCCUUCACGCACUUCUAAUUCUACUUUACUGUCUGACUCUUUGUCUUUUAAUUUCUAUUGAUGACUAUUAAUGAUGAUGUGUGUUUUGUACUGAUGUCUUGUCAGCGGGAUGCAGGGAGGGAUCACUCUGUAGAGAUGAGAAUAAUAAAGAUGUAUUUAUUUUCAGUACAGAU